AUGGCUGUUGCCACUGCGGCAGCACCUCUUGUCAGCUUGGAGAAACGAGAAGAAAGCAACAAUGGAUUAACGGAUCGCGUCACGUGGGAUAAACAUUCGCUUUUGAUUGACGGCGAACGUCUCUUUUUCUUUUCUGGCGAGUUUCAUUACUAUCGCCUUCCAUCACCCAGCCUAUGGUUUGACAUCAUGGAGAAAUUCAAAGCUCUUGAAUUCAAUGGUGUAUCUUUUUAUUUCAACUGGGGUUAUCAUUCACCAAAGAAAGGAGUCUAUGAUUUCGACGGUGUACGAGAUGUUCAAAAGGCGUUUGAUGCUGCAGCAGCAGCAGACCUUCAUGUGAUUACUCGUGCAGGCCCCUACAUCAAUGCAGAAGUGGAUUGUGGUGGUUUCCCGGGUUGGUUAAUGGAUCAACACAGCAUGGCAAGAAAAAGUUCGCCUGAAAAUGAUGCCAACAGCAAAGAAUGGCUUGAAGCUAUCGACAAGUACAUUGUACCCAACCAAAUAACAAAAGGCGGUAGAGUCGUGUUGAACCAAAUUGACAAUGAAUACGCCGAUAAUGUUGACCCUUACUAUAUGGAGAUGAUUAAGCAAAAGUUUGCCGAGGAUGGAGUUGACGUCCCUUCUAUCUUUAACGAUCCAAACACAAAUGGCUAUUUUGCACACGGCACUGGUUCAGUGGAUAUUUAUGGCUGGGACAGCUAUCCACUUGGUUUCGACUGCAGCAAUCCUACAGUAUGGCCCAACAAUCGCAGUACUACUUGGCGAGAUUACCACGAAAUGAUGAAUCCAGGGGAGCCGAUGGCAUUGUAUGAAUUCCAAGGGGGGGCCUUUGACGCCUGGGGAGGGCCGGGUUACGACGCAUGCCGUACCAUGGUGAACGAGCAGUAUGCAAAGGUGUUUUACAAGAACAACUAUGCCCAAGGUGCCACGAUGCAGAACUUGUAUAUGGGAUAUGGUGGCUCGUCGUGGGGCAGCUUAGCGAAGCCGUCUGUGUACACGUCGUAUGAUUAUGGUGCUCCCAUUUCAGAACCUGGUCUUAUGACUCCAAAGGGUUACGAGGUGAAGUUGCAAGGCACAUUUCUUCAUACCGUUAAGCCUUUCUGGACCACCGAGCACUUUUCUCCAAAGGUCGAUAAGGAUGAUAUUAUUCUCGUGGAUGGCUUGGCCGAUGUCAAUACCGAUACCAAGUUCUAUAUUGCUCAACAUUGGAACACUGCUUCUGAGGAUAAGGAUGAAUUCCAUAUUGAUAUUGAAACAAGCGAUGGCAAAUUCACCAUUCCACAAAAGAGCAAGCUGGUUCUUGAUGGUCGCGAAGCCAAGAUCCUCACCACCGAUUACGAUUUCAAUUCGCAACAUUUGGUCUACACUACAAGCGAGAUCUUCACUCAUCAAGCAAUGGGAUCACAUGACGUGAUGUUGGUUUAUGCAUACGAGGAUCAGGAAGGCGAAUUCGCACUCAAGCUCUCCAAGGAUGAUGUCAAGGUCGAUGCCAAGGAUGAUUCAGUAUCGCAUUCGGUGGAGGAUGGCAUUUUGCUUAUCAACUACAAGCACAACAACGGCACUACACCUAUCUAUAUCAGCGGUGGAUCGGAUCAAGACCUCUUGUUACUUGUGGCAGGAUACUCAAGUGCUACGCGUUGGUGGGCACCUAUCGUCAAGGACAGCAAGGAUCGUGUUUUGAUUCAAGGACCUUAUCUUGUGCGUGGUGCCUCUAUCUCGGAUUCCACCCUUGCCUUCACCGGUGAUAUUGAUGAGACUACCGAUAUCGAAGUGGUCGUUCCUGAGAAUAUUGAGGCUUUCACAUGGAAUGAUAAGGAAUUGAAGCUCAAAAAGUCUGAGCAUGGCACGUGGACUGGUACCAUUGAAUUCAAAGAUCCCAAGAUUGAUAUCCCCGAUUUGACAAAGGCCGAGUGGAAAUACAGCGAGGCUUCCCCUGAAAUCAAUCCUGACUUUGAUGACUCGACUUGGACCACUGCCAAUCACUUGCAAACCAACUCUGUCACCAUUCCCGAUACUUGGCCUGUUCUUUUUGCUGAUGAUUAUGGUUUCCAUAGCGGCUGCAUUUGGUUGCGUGGCAAGUUCAAUGGUUCUACCGACAUCACUGGUUUCAACUUGACAGCUAUCUCAGGUGAUGCUUCAGCCUGGAUGGCAUGGCUCAAUGGUGAAUACCUUGGUGGAUAUGAAGUUGGCAACCAAGCCUUUGAGGAUUUGAAUGGCACGCUCAAGACCGAUGGUGAAAAUGUCAUUUCGUUAUUGCUUUGGACAACGGGUCACGAGGAUGAUUGGAAUGCUGAUGACAAUUACAAGACUGCACGUGGUUUCACACAAGCUGAACUUUUGGGUACCAGCAACCAAACAAUUUGGACCAUCGAUUGGAAGAUCCAAGGCAAUUUGGGUGGUGAAGAUCUUGCUGAUCCAGUACGUGGACCCUACAACGAAGGCGGUCUUUAUGGUGAGCGCAUGGGAUGGCACCUUCCUGGUUUCGAUGAUGGUGAUUGGGAUAAGGUUUCUGUUCCUGAGGAAAAGAAUCGCACUGGUGUCUCUUGGUAUCGCACCAACUUUGAUUUGGAUAUUCCUGAUGGCUAUGAUGCACCCAUGAGCAUCAAGUUUGAUGAUGACAGCAAGACUCGGUAUCGCGCAUUGCUCUUUAUCAAUGGAUGGCAAUUUGGACGUUAUGCCAAUGAUUUAGGUCCUCAAACACAAUACUACCUGCCAUCUGGUAUCCUCAACACCAAGGGCAGCAACACAUUAGCCGUGGCCGUCAUUCCUAUUGACAAGGGUGCUCAACUUGGCAAGGUCUCUCUUGAAGCUUACAAGGUGCUCGAGUCAUCUAUCCCUGCUGUGGAGCUGGUUGAAUCUCCUGGCAUUGACAAGCGCCAUACUUAA